AUGACAGCCGGAGGUUGUUUUGGUAUCCAAACGACGACAAUGUUGUUCGGUCGUAAAUCAUCAAGCAAGUUGCAGCCUGUAAAAGGGCAAGCAUCGCCUAAAGUUAGCAAGAAUAGCAAGCAGGAUGUUAAAACUUCUUCUUCUUCACCUAAACCUUCCUCUUCUUCACCCAUAUCGAUUAGAUCAUCUAAGUCAAUAUUAUCGGGGAGCACAUCAUCAAGACGUGUUUCUUCGCCUAUAGGCAUGCUCAAGAAUGUUUCCAACAAAGAAGCUAAAAGCCCCAAGGCAAGCAGCUCACCUAAAUGGACUGGUAAUUUCAUCCUUAUGGUGGAGCUUCGCAGGAAGAUCUUUACCUUUAGAGACAUCAUUGAUCUUUCUUCUCUUGACGGUUCACCUUCCAUAACCGAUAUGGUGAUGCAUACGAUGAAAGAUCUCCAGAAACUUUGUCCUGAGAUCAUCCACAGCUCACAUAUCUCGGAAAUAAGACGUGCAAAUGUCGAUAAGGUUCUUAACCAUUUCUUCAAUGCUUUGAAAUCCAUUGGAGACUCCUGGAUUGAUAACCCCGAGUGGAUAGCUAAAUCUAAGUAUUGGAGUAGCAGCGUCGGAAAGAACCAGUCUGAUCGACUAGUUGAAAAGGUGUUAGCUGCAUUAGAUGGAUUGAUUAAGAUGUCGAAAGAGAGGUUUGAUAUGAUGGAGAUUGAUGAAGAAGAAGAGAAGAAAGAAGCCACUAGUCCACGGACAGCUAAAUCCUCGAGCAGUCGAGUUUUAUCGCCAUCUGAUUCAUUCUCCGAUAGCAAAUCAUCUUUCGAUAGCAGACACUCGUUUUGCGGGUCACCAAUCACGCCAAGAUCAGUUCUACCAGAACCAAUGAUGGGUUCACCGGGAAGAGUUGGAGACUUUGCAAACUCUGCGUCACAUCUUCUGUGGAAUAUGAGAGUUCAAGCACUUGAGAAGCUUAGUCCUAUCGAUGUUAAGCGACUUGCUAUACACAUUUUGUCACAGAAAGAAGCUCAGGAACCAAACCAAAGCAAUGUAGAAGCUGAGAUUAGUGUUGUUGAAGAGUUCAAGCCAAAAAUGGAUGAUAUAGAGAGCAUUGAUGUGAAGAUGGAGACAGAAGAAUCUGUUGUUCUUGAUAAAGAUAAAGAUAUUGUCAUUAAGAUAGCUUCACUGGAUUCAACAUCUGAAACCAAACUCAAUCAAUCAGAAGAAUCUGUAGUUGCUCCGGAACCUUUGCCACCAUCGCCUCUUCCUCCACUAUCUAUUAUUAAAACUGCUUAUUUACCUUCACAGCCACCACCUCCUCCCCCUCCUCCUCCGUCACCACCGCGUAUCUCUGACACGGCAAUACCAACGCCACAUCCUCCGCCACCAGCAGUUAUGCCUUUAAAAGGCGCUGCUCCACCACCUCCCCCUCCACCGCCUCAACCUCCAAGAACUACAGUAGCCCCACCACAGCCCCCUCCGCCUCCAGGAACUGCAGCGGCACCAACACCGCCUCCUCCUCCGCCAAUGCAGAACAGAAAAGAAGCUCAGGAACCAAACCAAAGCAAUGUAGAAGCUGAGAUUAGUGUUGUUGAAGAGUUCAAGCCAAAAACGGAUGAUAUAGAGAGCAUUGAUGUGAAGAUGGAGACAGAAGAAUCUGUUGUUCUUGAUAAAGAUAAAGAUAUUAUCAUGAAGAUAGCUUCACUGGAUUCAACAUCUGAAGCCAAACUUAAUCAGACAGAAAGAUCUGUAGUUGCUCCGGAACCUUUGCCACCAUCGCCUCUUCCUCCACUAUCUAUUAUUAAAACUGCAUCUUUACCUUCACAGCCACCACCUCCUCCCCCUCCUCCUCCGUCACCACCGCGUAUUUCUGACACGGCAAUACCAACGCCACCUCCUCCGCCACCAGCAGUUAUGCCUUUAAAAGGCGCUGCUCCACCCCCUCCCCCUCCACCGCCUCAACCUCCAAGAACUGCAGUAGCCCCACCGCCUCCAGGAACUGCAGCGGCACCAACACCGCCUCCUCCUCCGCCAAUGCAGAACAGAGCACCACCGCCACCACCAAUGCCUAUGACAAACAAUGGAAGAUGUGGACCACCGCCUCCUCCACCUCCUAUGCCUCUAGCUAAUGGAGCAGGACCCCCACCGCCACCACCUCCUAUGGCUAAGUCAACUGGAGCAGCAGGGCCGCCUCCGCCACCACCUCGAAUGGGUAUGGCGAACGGAGCAGCCGGUCCUCCACCCCCACCAGGAGCAGCAGGUCCACCGCCCCCUCCAGGAGCAGCAAGAAGCUUGCGUCCCAAGAAAGCAGCUACAAAACUGAAAAGGUCAACCCAAUUAGGAAACCUUUACAGAAUCCUUAAAGGGAAAGUAGAAGGGCGUGAUCCUGCAGCGAAAAACGGUGGCGGAGGCGGAAGAAAAGCUGGAGCCGGAAGCGCUCCAGCUGGUGGAAAACAAGGAAUGGCUGAUGCACUUGCUGAGAUCACAAAGAAAUCUGCAUAUUUCCUGCAAAUACAAGAUGAUAUUGCAAAGUACAUGAAGUCAAUCAAUGAGCUGAAGAUUGAGAUCACUAAGUUUCAGACUAAAGACAUGACUGAGCUUCUUAGCUUCCACGCCCGCAUAGAAUCAGUUCUUGAAAACCUAACUGAUGAGUCACAGGUUCUUGCGCGAUGUGAAGGGUUUCCUCAGAAGAAACUCGAAGCAAUGAGAAUGGCAGCUGCAUUGUACAAGAAGCUGCACGGUAUGAUCACCGAGCUACAGAACUGGAAGAUAGAAGCUCCUUUGAAUCAGCUUCUAGAUAAAGUUGAACGUUACUUCACAAAGAUCAAAGGAGACAUUGACACUCUUGAUCGAACCAAAGAUGAAGAAGCCAAGAAGUUUCAGAGCCACAACAUCCACUUUGACUUUAAUAUACUUAUUCAGAUCAAGGAGACGAUGGUUGAUAUCUCAUCAAAUUGUAUGGAACUUGCAUUGAAGGAAAAGAGAGAAGAAAAGCUUGUGUCGCCUGAUGCGAAACCGAGCUUGAAGAAGGCAGUAGGUAGUGCUAAAAUGCUUUGGAGGGCAUUUCAGUUUGCAUUCAAAGUCUAUACAUUUGCCGGAGGACACGACGAUCGCGCUGAUUCCUUAACCAGAGAGUUGGCUCAUGAGAUCCAAACUGAUCCUGAGAACCCAUGAUGAUUCCAUCGUUCAUAUAUAUCAUCAUCUGCACUACCAACUACUAUACUCCUUUUUGCCAUUUUUAAAAACAUAAAAUAUAUCCAAUACAUUCGAUACCAAAUGAUAAAGAGUUUA